UUCAGUCGGUUCCGUUCCUAAAUCGAACACGAGAAUCAGUAUUUUGACGCGCAAAUACACGUAUAAAACCUAUCUCCAUCUUCUUCUCCUCUCAUCAUCUCCAUCAUAAUCUUUUGUUCCGAUUUCCUGUUUUUUCUCUCUAGGUAUUUUUCGCUUUCGCAAACUUCCUUCGCUUUCCCUUCCUUUUCUCGCUACCCAAACAACCGCCUCGCACCGUCAUGUUUCGUCUCAGCAACAACCUCGUCGGGAUUCUUAAUUUUCUAACGUUUCUACUCUCCAUCCCGAUUCUUGCGGGUGGAAUCUGGCUGAGCAAGAAUGGCGCCAGCGAAUGCGAGAAAUUUCUUGAUAAGCCGGUGAUUGUGCUCGGCGUCUUCCUCCUUCUGGUCUCCCUCGCCGGACUCAUCGGUGCCUGCUGCAGAGUUUCAUGGCUGCUCUGGCUUUACCUAGUUGUCAUGUUCUUGCUGAUUGUACUCGUUUUCUGCUUCACCAUCUUCGCUUUCGUCGUUACCAACAAGGGUGCGGGUGAGGUGUUGUCUGGUAAAGGGUAUAAGGAGUACAGGCUUGGUGAUUACUCGAAUUGGCUUCAAAAAAGAGUGAGCAACGCCAAGAACUGGAACAAGAUCAAGAGUUGCUUGAUCGACAGCAAGGUCUGCACCGAGUUCCAUGAUAGGUUUGCUAGUGAUACUGUUAACGACUUCUUCAGCGAGCAGUUGACGUCUAUUCAGUCCGGUUGCUGCAAGCCAUCAAAUGACUGUGACUUCACCUUUCAGAACCCAACAACCUGGACCAAAACCACCGGGCCAUUCAACAACACGGAUUGUGAUGCAUGGCAGAACGAUCCAAACAUUCUCUGCUUCAACUGCCAAGCCUGCAAGGCUGGACUUCUUGACAACAUCAAGAACUCGUGGAAGAAGGUCGCUAUUGUCAACAUUGUCUUCCUCAUCUUCCUCAUCAUUGUCUACUCUGUAGGCUGCUGUGCCUUCCGGAACAACAGGCGAGAUAAUGCUUACAGAGCCGGAUGGAAGCCUUGAGGUUUUUAAUUAAUUGUUUUAUUUCCACAAUUACCUAGCCAUCUAGCUUUGUGACUGGGAUAUAAUUAGAGCUGCUUAGGAGGUGGUAGUGAUUAUUAUUAUUAUUCUUGCUUUUGAUUUCUCUUCUUCAGCUUCUGUUUAUGUUGUAUAGCAUUCUAUGCUACAUUUUGGUUUGUUUUGUGGAGACAUAAGCGCAGAUAUAUCAGCCUUGCUCUGUCUAUACACUUGAAUAAUAUAUAUCAUAUUUUCUUCCCUUAAAA